CCUCGCUCCAUGCUGAUUCAGGGUCAAGAAACCACAACAAUCUCAAAGACACCAUGAUGCAGUCUCUCCGCCCUCACAUCACCAGCGGCUCCCAGGCGACGAGGAGAUUGGUGUCAACUGCGAGCCCUUCUUCCGCCAUUGUCAACUCCAGCAGGCAGCUUCGCCUUUCUCCCCACCAGGCCCAGCAUACAGCUUCAUACACCACCCAGGUCUCGGCCAAGAACGGGUCUUUGGUCGAAGUCACGCCCCGUAAGGCCCUCUCGAGGAGAGCGCCAGUUUGUGGACCGUGCGGCCCUCGAUCUGCCAGAACCACUCCGUGGGCAACAAAAGGUCGGUCUGCGUACAGCACCGGAGCCGCUGGGGCUCCGCAACCCAUUGUUCACGAUGUAUUCGAGACCAUGACGGGUACCUGGCAGUACGUGGUUGCAGAUCCAGCCACGAUGACGGCUGUCAUUAUCGACCCGGUCCUGGAUUAUGACCCGGCUACUCUCCUCGUCACCACCAAGAGCGCCGACGCUUUGCUUGCGUUGGUCGAGGAGAAGGGCUACACUAUCGACAUGAUCCUCGAGACACACGCACAUGCGGACCAUCUAACCGCAUCGUCGUAUCUCCAGAACCGCCUGGCUCAAGAGCAAGAUCAAAUUCCCAUCAUCGGCAUCGGGAAGCGCAUCGGUCGGGUGCAGGAAUUGUUUGCGAACAGAUACGGCAUUCCCACAGAGGAAUAUGAAGGCGUAUUCGACAGGCUAUUUGAGGAUGACGAGACGUUUGACAUUGGGGAUCUGAAAGCAACGGCCCUGCAUCUGCCUGGCCAUACCCCGGACCAUCUUGGCUAUAAGAUUGGAGACAACGUAUUCUGCGGCGACUCCAUUUUCCACGCAGACAUCGGCACCGCGCGCUGCGACUUCCCCGGCGGCAGUGCAAGCGAUCUUUUCAAGUCGGGCCGAAAGCUGCUUUCGUUGCCGGACCACGUCAAAAUCUGGACCGGUCAUGACUACCCGCCGGCGGGUCGCGACGCUCCUGUGCCGUAUAUGACAGUCGAGCAGCACAAGCAGCGCAACAAGCACUUGAAGGACGGCACCACCGAGGAGGACUUUGUGGCCAUGCGGAACGAACGGGACGCGGGGCUCGCAGAGCCCAGGCUGAUCCACCAGUCCCUACAGAUGAACAUCCGGGCAGGCAGGCUUCCCAGGAUGACGGAGGCGGGGUUUCGGUUUCUUCAUCUCCCGCUAAAGCCGAAGACUUUGGAGUGGUGACUUGGAGGGGCUGGUGUACGCUGAAAUGCUAAUUUUACAUUGGGAAUUUGUUUAUUCAUGGCGUGGGGGGUUUUUUCAUUCGCCGCUCCUUCCACUUUUGAGGAAUUAGGCUUCUUCCAUGCCCUCAACGGAUGGGAAGGUCAUGGUCACUAAUUACGAGGGCGCAAUUUUGCGAAUCUAGUGGUGCGACGAUCACAUAUUGAGUAACACUUGG